UCAGUGUAAAACAGUGUGAAACAGUGUAAAAGCGGGCCGUCGUCUCUGCAGCCCCCCUUCUCUUCUCCUGGAUCCUAAAGGCCUUUUCCUUGUGUCCUGGAGGAGACAGAGAGCCAGGCUGCAGCACCAAACUGUUACACCACAGCAGCAUGUUUUAAUGUGGUGGAGCACUCUGAGGUUUAAUGCAGUCUGGAAUCUGUGGGAAGACGUCUCGCUGCUUAGUUCACCUAGUCCCCUGAAUGAUUGCGGCUUUUGCAUUGUCGGGACCUGGUGCCAGAUGACCAGCGGACCUCUCCCCUCACCAUGAUUCCCGUCAGCUACCACAGCAUGCGGUCUCCCGUCAGCGGGCACCCCACCAACCUGGUCCUGGAUCGCGUUUUGAGCUCUACUAACGUGAAGGGGUGCCAGAAAUGUGGGUUUGCUUGCACGGACCCCGCAGAGUACCGGAAGCACAUGAUGGAGCAUGGCGGGACUCAGAUUGACUGUUUCUACUGCAACAAAGUGUCCUUCAGUGUGUCGGAGCUAAACGCUCACAUGAAGGAGCACAAAUCCAAGUAUCCGUUCAUCUGUCCCCACUGUGGCCAGGGCUACAUGAGGAGGCUGUGCCUGGUCAAGCACAUUGAUCGUUUGCAUAAUAAAAGCUUAAGUCAAGGACCUGCUAAGGCUGGCGUGACUAAACUCCCACAUGUUGCUGUGUCCGGUGCCUUAUCCUCCAGUGUGCCCGUGGCUGAUACGUCACUAAUUCGACCCACUGUUCGGGUGACGGUUCCCUCGCUGAAUGCUCCUGCAGUCAGGCUGGGGAAAGAGGAACAUAGAGGGAAAACACUGGACACAAAUCUCUCUAACGCCACUAAUGGUAACGCGGACCUGUUGACCCCUUUGAGCGGACUCAUUCAGCACAACAGGGCUCUGACGGUCUCUCUCCCAGAGGAGGUGACCAUCCCUGCUGGGUGUCUGGUCGAACUGGUUGAGGUGAAAACUGUUAACGGGACGAAGGAGCUGAAGCUGAGGCUGGUCUCCCAGCAAGAGAACGAGUCUGUGAUAAAAGACACAAGGACAACAGUCAGUCAGAACUCUGCACUGGGAAAGCCUUUCUUAACCUCAAUUAGUCAUCCCCACGCAGUAAAGACGGCGAGUAUGGGCAUGUGCCUCACCAACGGGAAAGGCACUGAUACUAAAACUGUCAAUUUGGAGCGACCGGCUGCUGUACCAAUUAUAAAUAUUUCCAAGAACAUCCCUAGUCAAGUAAGCAGAGAAAAAACUGGAUUGAAAAGAACUUCACAAGAAAUAAUCAACUUGGAAUGCCACACAGUCAUUCCCAACAAGAUUCCCAAAAGCACUCUCCAUCCUGUGAGGGAGGUAAACAGUGGGAUCAAAGUGUCUCAGAGGGAAGCGGUGAACCUCGCUGCACCGAUGCCCUCUGUCAUUUCCAGCAGGAGUAUCAACGGCUUGCAUAACAGCAUGCAUCCAGAAAACAUGAUGGCGAGCGUUUCCCAGAGAGUGACGGAUGAGAGGAGGAGUGUAAACCCAGCCAGGAGGGUCGGGGAAGUUAAAAUCCUUCCUCGAGAUGUUUCUGCACCGGUGAAGCUGGAACCUGGAGAAGUGGGCCAAACAAAAUCUCCUUCAAAAUUAAAGAUGAGGCCGCAAAAAGUUUUGGUUUGCAAGAAUAAUGCAAGUCCAUCUUUUUCAAUGCCGGUCAAAUCACUGCUGCCCUCCAAGCGCACAAACUCUAAACUCUCAGCUUGGACCCAGGAAGCCCGGUUCUGUGACCGGGCUGGAGCUGGAGAAGGAGAAGUGGCGGAGCCCGAGGGGUUCCCCGUCAUCUCUUCUGUGUUUUCAUUGAGUCAACAACCAGAAGACGUCCAGGGCUCCAUGCAGCCGCUGGUCAUGGCUCUGCGGGGCAUCGUGAUGGAUAAAAGCAGCAGCUCUUGUGCAAAGGUGGAUUUAACAAACAGCGGCGAGCAGGUGAAGCAGGUGAAGCAGGUGCAGACAGUGGGCUUCUCUGCUCAGGUGGCAACCAAACAGAGCUCCAACAUGUGCAACGGUUCACUGACGGAGCGAAGCAGUGAGUCUGUUAAAGUGGAGCAGCAGGAUAAGGUGGUGCAGCACCCGCCUGCUCUGAUCCACGUCAAGAAGGAACACAGCAGCACGACGCCCAGAGACGAUAAGAAAUGCAGCCACACUCCUGCUGUAAAGCCUCCAGCAGAUAAUAAAUCUGUUCCCACACAGGUAAACACACCUGAGCUCCAGCAGCAGGUGUCUAAAAGUGACCAAGACAUCUCUUCAAAGUUCCUGACUGUCUCUCUGAAAAGGGUUCAAGUAGGGGUGUGGAAAAAAACCAAGAAGGGACUGAAGCUCAGAAUAUCCAAAUAUAAGACUCAGGGACCUGUGGGCAGUCCCAGUGACUGUACCGUUAUUUACCCCAUGCCACUAAAACAGGACCAGCUGGUGAAGCGGCCGAGCCCCAACCAGCCCGUGGUGGUCCUGAACCACCCCAAGCCCCGGGCCAGCGUCCAGAGAGCCUCAGCAGACACUUUAGCUGACACAGCAGCUUCUGACGUGGCCCCAAAGUGCCAAAUCUUAAAAAUGAGGCUGAGCAAAGUGAUGGGGCAGAAGUAUGAGGUGAUGGGCUGCACGGUGGGGGUCUUUCCAUGAAUCUAUCAAACAUUAUAUCAGUGGUGUACAUAACUAGUAUUACAAUAGGAAGACCUAAAAAAAAAGAAAAAUAUGAGGCAGUUGUGUUCUUUCUGAGAGCAUGAGGCGUCUGAUUAUCACUGAACAUUGUGUUAUAUGUAUGUUGUUAAUAUAGGCAUGGGAUAUGGAAUAUUCAUGGUAUGGGAUGGGAGGAGACCAUCUGCUGCAGGAGACUGCAGUCAGAGAUACUUAGAUGUUAAAGAACUAAAGUCUGAGGAAGCAGUAGAUCAGGAGAGUUGAGGCUUGAAUGCAUGCUGUUAAUUUAAUAGAGACACUGAUGGUAGUUGUUGUUUUACCCGUUAGCAUCAGUCUUUUUUUUAAGUUCAUCUGGCUCCUUUUAAUCUGAAUUAGAUGCAGUAACCUGAGAUAAUCAGACCUUAUGGUAAGAAAUAAACAGUAUCAUGAAUAUAAAGAACUUGCGCGGCUUCCAAUAUUAAAGUCCCUGUGAGACUAAAUAAGAGUGUCUUUAACUAAUAUACUGUAACAUAUUUCCCAGUGAAAUUUAAUAUUUGGGGGCGUACAGUUUCAAGAGGCAUUUAACACAAUAUCUGCACAUUUAAUCUGACCGCUGACUAGUUAUUGACCAGAAUACGGAGCUCCAGAGAGCCGACGUUGUUCCACACAUGCAGAGAUUGACCAAAGCCGCCCUGAAACACACCUCAGACUCUUUGAUUUGGACGUGAAAACCUUGGUUAUGUAUUGUAAACCACAGAUAUUAUGAAUGUUAGUGUUUCUACCCACUGAUACUCAAACAUACAUGUCAUGUCUCCAAUCAAAAAGACAUGUACUUUGAUGUAAUAUUGCUGAGAUACUGAUUCAUUUGACACACAUUUGGCAUAAAUCAACAACCGUUAACAGAAACGCAUGUUAAAAUGUAUUUUUCACUACAGGAGGGAAAAUGUUUGGUGGAACUUAUGGCGACAAGUUGUGUGGUUUUAUUUUUCACUUUGAUUUGUCUGUAGCCAUCACUCUCUUAUUUAUUUCUCACCCAUCGUAGAGUCUUUUGCAUUAACUUCUCUUGUGGAACGUCGACUGCUGAGUCGGUGUCGCUUCUUAUUUUUAUUUUUAUUUUUAUUUUUGCUAGAAUGUCUCGACAGACAGACAGCCAGUUGGUAGUCGGCCUGAUACUGUAUGUGCAAGGAUUGUGUGAUAGAUAGUGACUUAAAUUAUAUAUUAAAUGAAAAUCUUUAAGUAAAAUUAAAAUAUUUGGCUUGUGACAUAUUUGAAGGUUUAAUUUAAUGUGGGUGAAACCUCACAUGCAAUAGUUUACACAAAAUGUAUACAAUUUUAAAUUGUCUUAUUGAAGUAUAAAUCCCUAUUUUUCUCUUUCUAAUGUUCAGAGGCAAGGACAUUUUCCCCCCAGAGAACACUUACAAGCCUAAAACAUGUUUCCCUUCAGCAGCGAGCCCCUUUCUCCAGUUGUUGUGAUGCUGGCUGCUUGUAAAGACGUUUCUGCUGCUCCUGCAUCCAAAGAGUCAAAGUUUCAGAGUCAUAGUGCAGCUCAAUGUCAGAUAUAUCUGAGCCAAAUCUGUGCCCGGUUUUAAGUUCUGUGCCUCAUAAAACACAAUCAAGGGGGCAAGAAAAGUGUAAUUGUGAUGUAAAAUGCCUCCAAAUUUCAAACAACAGCACUCCGUAUGGGUCAGUAGCCGAGUGGUGCAUUCAGGCACUCUUUGCAUAGUCGUACAUUUGGGAAUGGUCAGCAGUCACUGGUAAAUUCAUGAACUGGACCAAUGAAAAGUGUAAAUGAUGGAAGCUGGGCAUACACACUACUUUUUGUUCUUUUUUUAUCACUUUUGUAAAUCAUGGGCUGUUGCAGAGAAACGGACAACAUAUUUGUCCUUUAUGUGCUGUGUGAAAUGAAAUGUCAGUUGUAUUGUAAACUUGAAAUGUGCCCCAGUUUCUCACCAGUAUUUACCACUUUGCUGCCAAUCGUCUAUGAUAAACUUAAUGUUUUUGACUUUACCAGUUGACAGUAGUGCCUGAGUGUCCCGAUCACUUUGUGUCUGUGUGACCAGAGCUCAAAGCUCCAAUUUUAUUAUUGGUUAUUCCUAAUAGUCUCAUUUUAGAGUCUCAUGGCAUCCUCAACAUGAGAAUUAUUAUUAUUAAAAUGAACAUGAUUACCGCAUUAAGUGUUUGUUUUCACAAAAACAUAGUUUGUAAUUGAUGAAAUGUAUUUUGUGAUUAACUUAUUUUAGGGAGCCGUCCCAGAGGAAAGUGUUAAAGUCAUCUAGCCAUGUUUUAUUUCAUCUUUUUAAUAUCACAACACCAUGUGUAGCCUCUCUGAAAGCAGCCUGAUUAAUGUACCAGAAAGACACAUACUUGCAUUUUAUCUCAUGUACAUAUACUGAGUGACUAUGGGGAUUCUGGGAAAACUUCUGCUAAACCUUGUAUAUUUUUCAAAACCAAUCAAAGGGUCACAAAGUCUUCUUACCUGAUUCUGUUCAGGUGUGUUUCUCUUGUUAAGCACCUGUCUGUUCUUGUUUAUAAUGUAACCAUGAUGUAUGAGGUGCUAGACCUAUGAUCCAUUUAUAGGUUUCGGUUGCCCAGUUAUUUUUGUGUAUAUAUGUUUUUGAUCCUUCAACAGAUUUUAUUGUGUAAAUAGCUAUAAAUAUAAAAUGUGAUAUUAACUGGUGUUCAUACUGUGUAGGGAAUGGUUAAAAACAUUCCACAGCUUCCACAAAAAGCUGUUUUAUCGUGCUUUACAUUCUUAACACUGCAGUCUGAAGCUGCCGUGCUGUAUUGUUUGUUAUAAAUAUAUAUAUAUAUAAUUAUUUUAAAGUUGUUUAAGGGUGUUUUUGCUUUGCCUUUCAUUCACUCAUUUGUGUUAGAAUUACCCAUGUUACUGCUAAAGCUGUCCUUGGUUUUACUACAUUCUCAAUGUGCAUUAUCGUGUUCCAUGCUUUUAUAAUAACUAUGUAACUUCUCUUUUUUCUAUUAAAAACACGAUCAGAAUCUG